AUGAAGUCGCUGAUCUUGAGCCGCUUCUUGGUGCUGCUGCCUUGGGUGCUGCUGGUCAUCCUCAUGCUGGACACGGACGGCGGGAACCGGCCGCCCCGUCCGUCGUCGCCUCAUCUCGCCCGGCGGCCGCAGCCCGCGCUUCUUCGCCAGGAGGCGCCUCGGUGGCGGGGGGAGGCCGAGCUGCAGCAGUUGCCCCUCAUCUAUGCCAUCACGCCGACCUACAGCCGGCCGGUCCAGAAAGCGGAGCUGACGCGGCUGGCCAACACCUUCCGGCAGGUGGCGCGCUUGCAUUGGAUCCUGGUGGAGGACUCGGCGAUCGGCACCGAACUGGUCAGCCGCUUCGCCGCGGGGCUCGGCCGAGCGGGCGGCCCGCCCUGCACCCACCUCCACGUGCUGACGCCGCGCAGGUACAAGCGGCCGGGGCAACCCAGGGCCACGGAGCAGCGCAACGCGGGGUUGGCCUGGAUCCGCCAGAGGCACCAGCAUUUGCCGGCCUCCCAGCCGGGGGUGCUUUUCUUCGCCGACGACGACAACACCUACAGCCUGGAGCUCUUCGAGGAGAUGCGUACCACUAGCAAAGUCUCUGUGUGGCCCGUAGGGCUAGUGGGGGGCCGACGCUACGAGCGCCCAAUUGUGGAAAAAGGCAAAGUUGUUGGCUGGUACACUGGUUGGCGGGCAGGUAGGCCUUUCGCCAUCGAUAUGGCAGGGUUUGCUGUAAGCCUUCAGGUGAUUUUAUCCAACCCGAAAGCUGUAUUUAGGCGCCACGGCUCACAGCCUGGGAUGCAGGAAUCUGACUUUCUGAGGCAGAUUAUCACAAUGGAGGAACUGGAACCCAAAGCCAGCAACUGCACAAAGGUUCUCGUAUGGCAUACUAGAACAGAAAAGGUAAAUCUAGCUAAUGAGCCAAAGUAUCACCUGGACAAUAUCAGAAUUGAAGUGUGACCUGUUGGCGUAAAUGGGACAUGCUUACCAUAUUCAGACUGUACAAAUUGCUAUUGUACUACUGCAGCCUUUGGCAGCCUAAUGGAAGACCACUGGCAGAUAGCUGAAGAUGUGUCUAU